UAGAAAUCAUAAAACUUAGGGACCAAAUUGAAACUUUUGAAAACUUAAGUGACUUAAAUUAGAUUUGCAUUCCUGCAAUCGACCCUACCCCAAAUCAGAAACCCCUCCCUUCAAUAGUCGGCAUCACCGGCCCUAAAUCCAUUUCCGCCGCCACGAACAACACACUUACACCGCCAGAUAAAUCCCCGUCACGGUGCGCGAGAGCCGCAUAUUCCGGCGGAUAAAUCGCUUCUUUUAGAUUUUAGAACACUCCAGCAGCUAUAUGCCCGAAUUUUGUCCCAGUGGCCUCCGUUCCGGUUCCGGCAACCCCGUUCCGGCAGCUAUAGCGGCGUUCCGGCGAACCAUGAGUAUGGGGGAAGUGAAUUUUGCGCAAGCUGAGGAUGUACGGUUGGAGACUACUCGUGCAAGAUUAUCGAAUGUCCUUAAAAGGCACGGAGAAUUAACCGAAAAACUUUCUAGGGAUUCCGAUAAGACUGUUUUUGAGCGUUUGCAAAGAGAAUUUGAAGCUGCACACGCUUCUCAAACACAAGAAAUAUGUUUAGAUGGUGAGCAAUGGAAUGAUGGGUUAUUAGCUACAGUAAGAGAACGGGUUCACAUGGAGGCUGAAAGAAAAGCAACGCAAGUGCAAGGCGAUGCAGCUGCAAUGGCAAUUCUUCCUUUUCAGGAAAAAAUAACUUACAAAGUUGGAAAUAAAAUGAUCUGUUGUUUGGAUGGAGCUAGAAUUGGAGUUCAAUACGAGACAUCAUUUGCAGGGGAACCUUGUGAGCUGUUCCAUUGUGUUCUAGAAAGCAAGUCGUUUCUUGAGAAAAUGACAGUUACUGAGCACACAAUCCCUUUUUUCUUGCCGAUACGCGAGGUGGAAAAUGAUUAUCUCUCUUCGAAUGCAAUGAAGUUCAUAGACCACGUGGGAGAAUUACUGCAGUCUUAUGUUGAUCGACGGGAACAGGUUCGCCUCAUAAAGGAGUUGUACGGAAAUCAAAUAGGCGAACUUUAUUGUAGUCUUCCAUAUCAUAUGAUUGAAUUUGUGAUUGCAGAUUUUGAUUGCAAAGUAACAGUGAGCCUUAGAUAUGCCGAUCUCGUCUCUACACUUCCGUCAACAAUCAGUGUCCUUGCAUGGCCCAUGCAGCAACCUAAGAGACUUCGAACCGGUUUAUUACCGAUCAACAGAAACCUAGGAAAUCAACUCAUUCCAUCUCGUUUAGUACAUGCUGAGGAUGCACUGCGAUCAAUGAGUUUACCUGAAGCUUUUGCAGAUAUUGUUUUGAGCAUGCCUCAAACUCUAAAAGAAAUAUUCCCAGAUCAAUCUCCAUAGUUCUCAUGCUCUUUUGCGGGUAUAGUAAAGGAUGACACUCGAGUAAAUAAAAUACAAACUAUUUUUGAAAUUGUAAAUCCGAACACCAACGAAACGAGGGGUGAAAAAUGAAAGGGAAUAUUCUCUGAAGACGGAGGAUCAAUGUUAUCUCGGGUUAUGGUUUUCUCCUGGCUCGCGCAUGACGUGUAAUUUUGUGUAGCUUCAAAACAAAAACCGAUGCCUGCACAGUGGAACUUUUGCCAUAUUAUCUUAGAUUAGCACAAGGAUGUGUCGUCGAAAAUGCUUCUGUCUUAGUAUCAUUAUUUUUUUAGAGGGCAUUCUAGUCUUUGUGUGCACAUGGGAUUUGUGAUUUUUUUUUUUUUGUGAACUUAUUAUACUACCCUCUGUAUUGAUGAAAUAUGCUUUAUUUUCAUUUGAUCUGAUCAGUUACUUUAUCUGUUUCUUGGAUCUGAAAAUUGAUAUUUUCUGAGAAUUUAGGACGAGAUUUCUGAA